UCUCACACCCAUUGAAAGUGGGCCAUGAGCCGAUCUCUGUUGCGGCUGCCACUGCAAGGGGCCAAGGCAAGCAUGGGCGUUGGAACCCGCUAUCGUUUAGCUCCACGUCAAGAUGACCUUCGCUUUGCAACCAAGCAGCCUGGAAGUUGGGAUGCCAGCGUCUUGGAGGAUGAGGACGUGGACGUUGAAGUGACGGGCCAUUCCCAGGCAGAUGCCGUAUCUUCCAGAGAUCCUUGGACGUGGGUCCCAGAGCCAGGCCCAGCACACUACGAGGAGUUCUAUGGCUUGGUGGGCGCGCAGAAGUGGAAAGCCAAGUGGUGGAAUCCAUCCACGGGAGUACCACAGCAACCGCAGCGCCAAGCGAUGGUUCAAGCGCAGAUCGCAGAGCUGGUGGCAAGUGGACAACCCAAGGAGGAGAUCUACCGGGCCAUCCGUGAGGCAUACGACGUUGCUGAUAACAAAGAAGAUUGAUAAAAAAAUA